AACGUCGAGUCCCUGCUCUCAGACGCCUGGUGAGGAGAGGAGGAGGAGGAGGAGGCCAGGGACCCACAGUAUGUGAGGGGCAGAGGGUAGGUGUGGGGGGAAGUGGUGCAGGAUUGGCAGACCGGCAGCAGGGAUGCCCAGUCUGGGGCGCCGUGGUACAUACACAGAGAGAAGAACGAAGGAGAGCAGCUGGCAUGAGGAUAGAUGGAUGGAUGGGCAAGUGGAAAUCGUCUGACUGGAGGAGGAGGAGCUGAUCAAUUGACAGAGUGGGGCAGUCGUAAAGUGGAUGCACAAGGUGGCUUGAGGUUAGUGAAUGCCGGGAGGAAGGCAGGCCGGUCCCCUCACAGCCCCUUACGAGGUCCCUGGCCUCAGCUGUAUCCCGAGUGUGUCAACCAUGGAUGCCUUUGGGGGAGCUCCUCGAUUUCUCACCUACCCCCGUACUUUUACAGUGCCGAGUGGCACCAAUGCAGUCCUGAAAUGGCAGGUAGCUGGUGAGCCACGUCCCAGCGUCGCCUGGGAGAAGGACGGCUCUGUGCUGGACCUGCCAUCAGGGCGGAUGUUGGUGGAGGCUGAUGGGGAUGCGUACAGCCUGCUGGUGUAUCAGGCUGGUCCGGCGGACAGUGGGCGCUAUGUGUGCAAAGCUAAGAACAGUGUGGGCGAAACCUACGCAGCUGCUACUCUCAAAGUGGAGACAGCAGAGCUGAGACCCAAAGGAGAGCUCGACGCUCAACCUCCGGUCUUCCUGAAUAGGCCGGUCUCUGCACGCGUGACCAGGGGAGAGGAUGUGAGCUUUGCCUGCAGGGUCUCGGGGGAGCUUGAGUGGGAAAAGGAUGGGUGGAAACUGUCCGACAUCUUUGAGAGCAGCCAUUACAAAGUGGGCAGAGAGUCUGGUGACUGGCACUCUCUGCAGAUCUACAACACCCGUCUCCCAGAUGCCGGUGUUUAUGUAUGCCGGGCACAGAACAGUUUUGGAGAGACCAUGGCUGCAGCUGUGCUCCUGGUGGAUUCUGUAGCAUGUGAUCCCCACAGGGAUGCAUUUACACACCAAAACAACAAUUUCAAGAAGCAGCUGGAGGCACAAGAUGAAAAGUGGAGGUGGCAUCAUCCUGGGCAAAAGGUGUUGUCAGAAUCCAGGCAAAAUGGAGAAGUGCUUCCUAGCCCACCCACGCCGAAGGCCUUUACCGUCAAUGAAGGGAAGCACGCCAAGUUUCGCUGCUAUGUAACCGGGAAGCCCAAGCCGGAGAUUGUCUGGCAGAAGGAUGGGAUGGUUCUGUCCCCCGGAAGGAGACACCUGCUCUACGAGGACAGGGAGGGCUACUUUAUCCUCAAGGUGCUAUACUGCACAGCUCGGGAUUGUGGCCUCUAUGUAUGCACAGCUUGCAACACUGCUGGCCAGACACUCAGUGCUGUGAGCCUCCAUGUCAAAGAACCCCGACUGCGGUUCCAGGCACCAUUGGUGGAUGUGGAAGUGCUGGAGCGCCAGGAUGCAGUCUUAGAGUGCCAAGUGCCUCUGGAGACCAUCCCUACAGCGUGGUAUCUUGAAGACAAGCGCCUGCAGCCCAGCCCCAAGUACCUGAUGGAGGAACAGGGCUUGUUGCGGCGGCUGACAGUGCGGGAUGCCCGGGCCGAUGAUGAUGGCAUUUACCUGUGUGAGAUGGAGGGCAAGGGCCGCAGUGUUGGGGAGCUCUCAGUGCAAGGUCUGAUUGUGAAGCGGUUGCCGCGGAAGUUGGAUGUGAUGGAAGGGGAGAAUGCUGCCUUCUAUGUGGAGACGCGGGAACCUGUGGAGGCACCGAGUUGGGGCCGUAAUGGUCAGGAACUGGUGGAAGCGCCACAUACCCUUAUCAGAAGCUUUGGCAAAACCCAUCUUCUGGUCCUGGUGCACGUAACACGGCAGGAUGCUGGGGUCAUCACUUUCACGGCGGGCGAGUCACAGACCUCAGCACAGCUCCGUGUCAAAUGUGCCAAGAGGAUCCCACCAAGUGCACCCGUGGCAGCAAGGAUGUGCAUAUCACGCAACAAUGCUGCCCUCCUAACUUGGUGCCCACCACCUGAUGUUCACCGCAGCCCACCAAGUAGUUACAUUCUUGAGAGGCAGGCAGUAGGAGAAGCUGAGUGGGUGCCUUGCCUCACCACUGAUGUUGCCAGCAUGGUUGAAGUUCCAGGCGAUGGUGUGCCACAGGAGGCUGACUACCGUUUCCGCGUGUGUUCUGCCAAUCAGUAUGGAUGCAGUGGCCAUGUGGAAUUCCCAGGCACUGUGCACCUUGUGCCCAGGGCUCGUAUACAAAAAGGACUGCAAGAUGUGAGGGUUCAUGCCGGAGAGGAUGCUACUUUUUCAGUGCAGCUUUCAGCCUCUCAGAGCGGUUGCUGGUUCUUCAAUGGGAAAAGGCUGGAAGAAGAGGAGGGGGAAGAAGGCCAGCAGUACCAAAUCACACACAGCGGGUUGGACCAUGCUUUGCGGAUCAAAGGAGUGCAGCUAGCAGCCAAUGGGUCUGAGGUGCAAUUUGAGGCUAAUGGCGUGAAGGAAUGUGCUGCAUUGUGUGUACAAGCCCCACAGGUACAUAUCACCCCAGUGCCUGAGGCCAGGCGACUCCGAACACUCACAGCUGGCAUGCCUCUACUCCUGGAGUGUGAAGUCUCUAUACCUGACACCCCCAUCAACUGGUUUAAAGAAGGGAAUCCUGUGGCCUUGGAUGAUAGUCGCUUUGGUGUCCAAACUGAAGGCCGUAUCCACAGGUUGUUGAUUUCCUCUGUUUGCUCUUUGGACUCUGGGACAUAUACAUGUGAUGCAGGCGAUGAUGCCAUCAGCUUCACUGUGACUGUGGAUGAACCUCCUGUGAGGGUUGUUCACUCCAAUGCUGAAGAGGCCCAUACUUACCAGGUCACAGAGCGUGUGGUGCUAACCUGUGAGCUGUCCCACCCCGAUGCUCCCGUGCGCUGGUACAAGGAUGGGGAGGCAGUGAAAGAAAAUGAGAGCUUCUUGCUGGAGAGUGAGGGCCCCCACCACCGUCUGGUCAUUCCUGCAGCACAGGUGAAGGAUGCAGGGGAAUUUGUGUGUGACAUCAGUGGAGAUUCUGUGCUCUUCAACGUCACUGUUACAGACCCUCCUGUAAGGAUCCUGCACUCCAGUGCUGAGGAGACCCAUGCCUACCAAAUCUCAGAACGUGUAGUGCUGGCCUGCCAGCUGUCCCGCCCUGAUGCUCCCGUGCGCUGGUACAAGGAUGGGGAAGAGGUGGAAGAAAGUGAGCACCUCCUGCUGGAGAGUGAGGGUCCACACCACCGCCUUGUCAUUACAUCUGCACAAAUCCAUGAUACAGGGGAGUUUGUAUGUGAUGCAGGUGGUGACUCUGCCUUCUUCAACAUCACCAUCACAGAGCCACCUGUGCACGUUGUGCACUCCAAUGCGGAAGAAGAUCAUACCUAUCAGAUCUUGGAAUGCGUGACAUUGUCCUGUGAGUUGUCCCGUCCUGAUGCCCCUGUGCUCUGGUACAAAAAUGGGGAAGAGGUGGAAGAGAGUGAGGGGCUUCGGCUAGAGAGUGAAGGAUCCCACCACCGGCUGGUCAUCGCCUCAGCUUGUGUGCAGGACACAGGAGAGUUUGUGUGUGAUGCAGGUGGCGAUUCCGUUUUCUUCAGUAUUACUGUUACAGAACCUCCUGUGAGGGCUCUUCGCUCCAAUGCUGAGGAGGCCCAUACGUACAAGGUUGCAGAGCAUGUGGUGCUGGACUGUGAACUGUCCCGCCCUGAUGCUUCCGUGUGCUGGUACAAGGAUGGGGAAGAGGUGGAAGAAAGUGAUUGCCUCCUGCUGGAGAGCGAUGGACCCCAUCGACGGCUGGUCAUUCCUUCAGUGCAGAUGAAGGACGCAGGGGAGUUUGUGUGCGAUGCAGGCAGUGAUUCUGUUUUCUUCAACAUCACAGUUACCGAGCCACCUGUGAAGAUUCUGCACUCCAACGCAGACGCGUCCCAUUCUUACCAGGCCUCCGAACGUGUGGUGCUGUCCUGUGUGCUGUCCUGCUCCAGUGCCCCUGUCCGCUGGUACAAGGAUGGGGAGGAAGUGGAAGAGGGAGAGCACUUGCUGCUGGAGAACGAAGGGCCCGUCCGACGCCUUGUCCUUGCUUCAGCCCAGGUGCAAGAUUCAGGCGAGUUUGUGUGCGACACUGGAACUGACUCUGCCUUCUUUGUGGUUACAGUUGCAGCUCCCAAGGUGCACAUCGCUCCAGUGUCAGAGGCCCAAUGUCUCCAGACAAUCCUGACGGGGAUGCCUCUCCUCCUGGAGUGUGAAGUCUCUGCCUCUGAUGCCACUGUCCAGUGGUUCAAGGAUGGAAAUCCUGUGGACCAUGACAUCUUCACGGUGCAAUCAGAGGGCUGCAUUAGGAGGCUGUUGGUUCAUUCGGCCUGCCCCUUGGAUUCUGGGACAUAUACAUGUGACACAGCUGAUGACACUGUGGACUUCACUGUGAUGGUGGAUGAGCUGCCUGUCCGAGUUCUGCAUUCCAAUGCAGACGCAGCCCAUGCCUAUCGGGUCUCAGAGCGUGUAGUGCUGGAUUGUGAGUUGUCCUGCUCUGAUGCCAUUGUGUGCUGGUACAAGGACGGAGAGGAGGUGGAAGAAAAGGAUGGCCUCCUGUUGGAGAGUGAAGGGCCUCAUCGCCGUCUGGUUAUUAUUGCGGCUCAGGUUCAGGACACAGGGGAGUUUGCAUGUGGCACUGGGGGCGACACUGUCUUCUUCAAUGUCACUGUCACAGAGCCACCUGUGCAGAUUUUGCACCCAGUGGAGCGUUCACUAGAGAAGCAUAUACAGGCAUUUGAGUGCCUGGAGCUGAGCUGCAAGGUGUCCAUUCCAAAUGCCCCUGUGCGCUGGUUCAAGGACGGCCUAGAAGUGGAUGAGACAAACAACUUGUUGCUUCAAAUGGAAGGUGCUGAGCGUCGCCUAGUUGUCCUGCAGGCAAGUGCUGAAGAUGCUGGCGAAUACAUCUGCGAGACCAAGGAUGAGUCUGUCUCCUUUGAUGUCAGAGUUUCAGAGCCCCCUGUGAAGAUCGUGCAGCCCCGCAGGACUCCCUCUGUCCUGAAGGCCUCAACGGGGGAGACAGUGACCCUGACCUGUGUGCUCUCUCAUGAGAAUGCGCCAGUCCGCUGGGUUAAGGACGGUGUCACGCUUGAGGCUAACAGCGGCCUCAUCCUGGAGGAAGAGGGUGCCCGGCGGUGUCUGGUCAUCCCUGCAGCUGGCCCAGAGCAUUCUGGGAAGUACACCUGCAACGCUGUUGAUGAUACCAUGGCCUUCGCCGUCCAGGUGUCUGACCCCCCAGUGCGGAUUGUGGGGCGUGAUGAGCUGCAGACUCAGCACCGCUGCCUGACUUCGGAGGACCUGACCCUGUCCGUGACGCUGUCUUGCCCUAAAGGAGAGGUGAAGUGGUACAAGGACGGAGAGAAGCUGCAGGACACAGACCGUGUGCGUCUGGAGCAGGAUGGCGCAUGUCAUUCACUGGUGAUUCUGGGAGCCGAGCGCUGUGAUGCAGGGGAGUAUCUGUGUGACAGUGGCGAUGACAGCCUCAUCUUCUACGUCACAGUAGAGGAACCUCCCAUCUCCAUUGUGGGAAACACAGGGGUUCCAGAGCACCACUCGCUGGUAUCCGGAGAGGCUCUGAUAUUGGCUUGUAAGGUGUCUUCGCCUAGUGCUGCUGUGCGCUGGCUGCGGAAUGGGGAGGAGCUGGUACCCAGCAAGCGUGUGCGCAUUGAAGCCCAUGGGAGACAACGCCAACUCACCAUCCUUGGAGCCAAGCCGGGAGACUCAGGUUCCUAUGUGUGUGAUGCAGGCACUGACCGAAUGGAGUCCACAGUUAAAGUGGCAGCACCCCCUGUGCACAUUGUGAACAAGAACGAUGCCCAUGUGCCUUUGGAAGUCCAGGAAGGAGAGAACAUGACUCUGGUUGCCCGUCUCUCCCAAGAGAAAGCUUCUGUCCAGUGGCUGAAAAACAUGCGGCCCCUUUAUCCUGGGCCACGCCUGGUGGUGAGCAGCGAGGGGGCUGUGCGCAGCCUCACCAUCAGGCAAGCUGAGCCAGGUGACAGCGGCACCUAUACCUGCGACACUGGGGACGAUGAAGUGCACUUCACAACGUGUGUGCAAGAGGCUCCCGUGCUGUUUGUGCCCAAGCCAGAGCAUCCAGAGAAGGUGUUGGUGCUGGAGGGUGGCAGUGCAGUGCUCUCUGCCAUCGUCUCCAAGGAGCCAGCUAUGGUGAGGUGGGAAGGACCUCGAGGGGCCUUGGUGGCGGGUGACCAGUGCCAGCUGCGCAGAGAGGGCCGCGUCCACAGCCUUCUGUUGAGCAACGUGGGCAAAGCAGAUGCUGGAGAGUACAUAUGCCACUCCCAUCAUGACCAGCUGCACUUUGAGCUGAGUGUCAAAGAGCUGCCAGUGAAGUUUGUUCGGGGUCUCUCAGAUGUGCUGGCACUGCAGGGGGAGACGGUGUUGUUCUGGUGUGAGCUGUGCAAAACCAAAGGCGAUGUCCUCUGGCUGAAGGAUGGGCAGGAGCUGGAAGCCAAUGAACACAAGGAGAUCCGAGCAGAGGGGCGGGAACGUUCCUUGACCCUGAGACACGUAGGGCCUGAGGAUGCUGGUGAAUACUCGUGUGAAAGCAAGGAUGACCGCACCCUAGCCAUCCUCACAGUGCAGAUCCCUAGAUCAGUGGAAAUCAUUUCCGAGCUCCACAACUUAACUGUGCUGGAGGGGGACGAUGCCACCUUCAAGGUUGUGGUGUCUCCAGAUGACGUGGCUCUCAAGUGGCAGCACCAUGGCCAAGAUAUAGUGCCCAGUGAGCGGUUCACCACCACCAGGGUUGGGCUGUGCCACACCCUCACCAUACAGCAGUGCCGGCUGAGUGAUACUGGCAUAGUCACUGUCCACGCAGAAGGUCUGGUGAGUUCAGCCAGGCUCAGUGUGCAAGAGGCCCAGGUGAUAUUUGUACAAACACUGCGUGACUUGAUGGCUGAGGAAGGGCAAGACGUCUGCUUGGAAGUGGAGCUGAGCUUGGAGAGUGCGGAAGUGCAAUGGAUGAAGCAAGGCAUCCUUCUGCAGCAGAACACCAAAUACUCCAUGGAGGCAUGUGGGUCUCAGCGGACUCUCACCAUCCACAACAUUGAGCUUGCAGAUCGAGGCACCUACCGCUGUGAGAGCCUGCAUGACCGCACCCAAGCCAGGCUGAGUGUCGAACCCCGGAGGGUGAUGGUGAGGAAACCUCUGUUGGAUGUGGAGACUUUUGAAAAGGAGACUGUGACGUUUGAGCUGGAGCUCUCCCAUGCCAAUGUGGCCGGGGUCUGGACACGCGAUGGCAUCCGUGUGAAGCCAAGUUCCACCUGCCGAGUGAGCGCCACAGGCUUUGUGCACAGCCUGACACUGCUGGGACUCACGCUGGACGACUCAGGGACCGUGGCCUUCACUGCUGACACUGUGCGAAGUAGUGCCCGCCUUACUGUCCAAGAGCCACCAGUUACUAUGCUGCGCUUUCCCCAGGAUAUGGGCAUCCCUGACACAGGCUCAGCCACCUUUGAGUGUGAGCUGUCCCGGCCCCUGGCUGAGGUGAAAUGGUACAAGGAUGGGGAGGAGAUCCAGACAGGGCAAAACUGCCGCAUGUAUUCAGUGGGACGGCGGCGCCUCCUACAGCUCAGCCACUGUGGCCUUGAAGACGCGGGCGAGUACACAUGCGAUGCUGGUGACUGCCGUGCCUCUGCCAAACUGAGGGUCUUUGAACGCCAGGUUCAGAUUGUGCGGGAGCUGGAGGAUGUGCGUGUGCGAGAGAACGAGAAUGCUGUCUUCAUGUGUGAGGUGUCACUCGAGGAGGUGAAAGGCGAAUGGUUCCGGGAUGGGGAGAGAAUCAAAGUCAGCAGCAUUGUGAAAAUACGUCAGGAAGGAACCCGGCACUUUCUGCUCCUGUGCUGUGUCCGUCCUGAGGAUUCAGGCCAGGUCCGCUUUGUGGCAAAGGCAGCUGCUUCUGAAGCCCGCCUGGAAGUGGAGGCGCUGCCCAUCCGCAUUGUGAAGCCGCUGAGGGACAAGACUGUGCUCGCACGGCACAAAGCCACGCUGGAAUGCACAGUGUCUCAGUCUCGUGGCCGAGUGCGCUGGUUCCGUGGGGACACAGAGAUCUUUGCUGGCGACAAGUACGAAAUCUGCAACUUGGACUGCUACCGAACCCUCGUUAUCCACAGCGUUGAGCCUGCAGAUGAGGGCCUGUAUACCUGCGAUGCACUGGACGACCGCUCCACGGCCCGUCUGCUGGUGGAAGCUGAAGGGAUCCAGGUGGUGCGAGCAUUGCGGAACGUAGAUGUGGUGGCUCCCGCAGAGGCUCGGUUUGAGUGCGAAAUCUCUGCUCCCCCGGCAUGCAGCCCGCAGUGGAGUCUCAAUGGAGAAGACUUGCAGCCCAGCUCACAAGUGCACAUGGAGAGCAUGGGGCAUAUCCACAGGCUGAGGCUCUGCCAGACAACCCCUGGCAUGAGUGGGAUGGUGAAAGUUACUAUUGGCAAUGCCCGUUCUAAAGCCCACCUCACGGUCCGAGAGCGCUAGCAUCAGGGAGACCCUGUGAGCAAAAGAGCCACGUGUGGGCAUGGAAAGCCCUGGGGCUACCAGGGGAAGGUGGAGACAGCAUGUUUGACACUUGCAUGGACAGCCUGAAGAAUGGACACACACACAGAGAGAAUUCCUCUUCCUGUCUCCCUCUUCUGCAUGACAAGGGAAGCAAGAUCUGCUUUUAUUAAAUGCUCUCGAUUCUUGA